AUGUUGAAGCUCGUGGUCCUCGCUCUCUGCUUGGCUUACGCCUAUAGCUGCGGUGUUCCAGCCGUUCAGCCCAUCCUGUCCAGAGUGGUGGGCGGCCAUGAUGUGCGGGCAAACAGCUGGCCAUGGCAGAUUUCCCUGCAGUACCAAGGAUCCAGCGGAAACUGGGGCCACACAUGUGGGGGCACUCUGAUUGCUGACAACUGGGUGCUGACCGCCGCUCACUGUAUCAGCUCUGAUCGCACCUACAGAGUGGUUCUCGGAAAGCACAAUCUUCUGGAAGAGGAGGAAGGAUCAGUCAUCAUCUCUCCAGAGAAGAUCAUUGUCCACGAGAAGUAUAGCUCCUUCUUAUUGAUCCGUAAUGACAUCGCCCUCAUCAAGCUCUCCGAGCCCGUGCAAGUGAGCGACACCGUGCAGCCCGCCUGUCUUCCAGCUAAGGGCGCUGUCCUGUCACAUGACUUCCCCUGUUAUGUCACCGGAUGGGGACGUCUGUAUACCAAUGGACCCAUCGCUGACAAUCUCCAGCAGGCUCUUCUCCCCGUGGUCGAUCACGCUACCUGCUCCAAGUCUGACUGGUGGAGCUUCCAAGUGACAACCGACAUGGUCUGUGCCGGAGGAGAUGGAAUCGUGUCUGGGUGCAAUGGAGACUCCGGGGGUCCUCUGAACUGUCAGGCUGCUGAUGGAUCCUGGGAGGUUCACGGUGUUGUCAGCUUCGGCUCCGGAGUCAGCUGUAACUAUGAGAAGAAGCCGACCGUCUUCACCCGGGUGUCCGCCUACCAGGACUGGAUCAAUGAUAAAAUCAUCAACAACUAAGAAGAGUCCAGGAGAGUCGUCCUCGAGCCGCGGCGCCGUCCUCAGCCACAUCGCAACGCUGAUCGCCUUCUGUAUAGUGUCACGUUAUCAAUCAAUAAAGAGACUGCGCUGACUCGCUGUAUGAAGCCUUUAUCUAUAAGAGAGCCAGAAUACCAGAGCCAGAGACAUAGAUAAAAACAUACUGUAUCUAAGCUUCUUGUGUGAUACUGUCUGCUGUCCCGGUACAUAACUUCUUGAUUUAUAAAAGAGCCAACCACCCCCCCCCCCCCCCCCCCGACGGUAGAGAAACAAACAUGUCUAUAUAUAUAUGUGAUACCACUCAGAA